GCAGGCAUAACAGCCAGGCAUGGUCUAUUCUGUGCUCUUUUGUGGUUAUGUUUUUGAUUUGUUUCUAACAUUAAAAUGUCUAAAAACAAGUUAUUUGAUGAUGAUUCCGACGAAGAAGUUGCUCUUGAAACUAAAAAUGAAUACGCUAAAAAAUACGACUCUUGGCGGGAGAAAGAGGAGAUGCAUAAACUGGAACAAAAGUAUGGAGCCAAAGCCUUGAACUCGGAUGCAUCACUAUCAUCAGACAGUGAAGAUGAGAGUGAUGAGCCCCCAGAAGUUAGUGAGGAAACGGAGAAGCAGUUCCUCAAGACGCUGGCUCUGCUGAAAACCAAGGAUCCAAGGAUAUAUGACACCAACUACAAGUUCUUUGAUGAUGAAAAGGAAGAACAAGCAGAGAAAGAGUCCAAACCAAAAGGCUUGACAUUUGACGACAGUGAUGAUGAGGAUGAUGAUGGUGGCAAUAUCUUCAGUAUUGAGAAGAAAGCUGACGUCGAAAUGGAACAAGACAAUGAUGGGAAGAAAAACAAAAAGGAAGGCAAACUGAAAGAGUUCCUGACAGGUCAAGUGGAGCAUAUCGGUGAUGAGGUGGAGAAAGACCUGGAGCCAUUGAAGGCUCUGUGGUCAGAUCCGAAGCUCAGUGAGGGGGAAGCUUUCCUGAGGGACUACAUCUUGAACAAGAAAUAUCUAGAAGACGAUGAUGCCGCAGCUGUAACGGACAAACUGAGGGACGAUGAAGACCUGGAGGCGGACGAGAAGAUGGUGGAAGAACAGGGCAAGUUCGAGCGGGCGUACAACUUCCGGUUCGAAGAACCUGAUGAGGAAUACUUGAAACGUUUCCCGCGCACGAUGAACUACAUCCGGCCCAAGGACGAGCGGCGCGCGCGCAAGCGGGCUGAAGCGCGCGCGCGCAAGGAGAGCGAGAAGAAGAGGAAGAUGGAGGACAUCGCGAGGCUGAAGGCGCUCAAGCUGAAGGAGAUUAAGGAGAAGAUCGCCAAAAUUAAGGAGGUCACGGGGAAUGAUGAGCUGGCUUUUAAGGAAGAAGAUAUAGAGGGUGAUUUCGACCCCGAAGAACACGAUCGGCGCAUGCGCGCCAUCUUUGAUGAGGAAUAUUACGGGGACGCUGACGACCAGAAACCGGUGUUCCCUGAUCUAGACGAGGAAUUGGAAAUAGAGAACUGGGAGAAUUACGAGCCAGAAGUGGGGGAAUGUGAUGACAACGAUGGACCUCACUGUGAGGAUGAAGAUUUUAAUAUGGACGCCGAUUACGACCCAAAACAAGCCAGAACGAACCUUAUGGAGGAAAUACAGAAAUCCUUAGGCAAAAAGCGAAGAAAUCGCAAGAAAAAAUCCAAACUGGGCCAGCUUCUGACCAUAGACAAGCCUAAAUUCGUGCCGACCAUAGCCAAUAAGACCUACAAUGAGUACAUGGAGGAAUAUUAUAAAAUGGAUUGUGAAGAUAUCAUUGGUGGGGAUUUGCCAACUAGAUUCAAGUAUAGAGAGGUUGUUCCAAAUGACUACGGGCUGACUAUUGAAGAGAUUCUUCUAGCUGACGACAAAGAGCUGACACAAUGGGUGCCGCUGAAGAAGAUAGUGAGGCACCGGCCCGAGAACGUGGAGAAAGGGGAAGUGAAGACUUACGCUCAGAAAGCGCAGGACUUGAGACUCAAGAAGAAAGUGCUGCCCAGCUUGUUCAAAGAUCUGCCUGAGGAACCAGAAAUAGUCGUACCUAUAGAAGAGGCGAGUAAGAAGAAAAAAAAGAAAAAGAAGAAGAACAAGGAUAAUGACAUGAAUGAAGCACAGAAUGACAACGUUGAAGCUACAGCAGAUGAUGGUGACGAGACUGCUACAACUGAUGGUAUUAAGAAUAAAAAGAAGCAUAAAGAAAGUAAAAAAAUAAAAGAAGAUGAUACUGAUGUUGAUAUAGACGGUAAUGUAACUGAAGUUAAUAGCGCAGAAUAUUCAAGUAAUGAAAGUCAAAUUGAUUCUAAGAAGAAAAAGAAUAAGCACAAAAAUACUGGAGAAAGCACUAGUCAAGACAGAAUAAAUGAUUCCUUAGAAGUUAAUAGUGUAGAUAAUUCAAGAAAUGAAAGUCAAUUACUAGAAUCUAGCAAGAAAAAGAAGAAACAUAAAAAGCAUAAAAGUGGUAUAGAAGUUGACACAGAAAUAAAAACGAAAGUAACAGAUUUAAAUGACAGUGUAAUUAAUGAAAAUGUAAGUAACGAAAAUAAUAAAAGAAAAGAAAAGGUGAAAGAACAGAAAAAUAGCUUUGUUGUUGAACAUAUAAAUAAUGUGGCACCCAGUCAAGGUGAUGUAGCAACUUCUAAUGCAAAACCUAAAAAUAAUGAAGCUAAUAUUGAAAGCAAUAACAGGAAACGAAAACUUGAUUCAAAUGCUGAUCAAGUGCCAAAUAAAAAGAGGAAAAAUAAAAGAAAGAAACAAUUUGAUAAAAAUGAUGGCAACAAUAGAAAAGAGUUUAAUAAAUUUAAGAAUGACAAGUUUAGGAACAAAACGAAGAAGGACGACGAUCCAAGUAAUCCACUUUCGAAACUGUCAGAUGAAAGGCUUAAAGCGUACGGAUUGAAUCCAAAGAAGUAUAGAGGAUUCUUGAAAUAUAAAAAGUUUUAA